UAUGUUAGAAGUCUGAUAUGAACUAAUUGUAACCAAAAUCAAAUGAUUGCUGUAUUUUUUAGGUUGUAUUUUAAAAAUGAGAAAAUCGUCAGGAAGACCAUCUCUGGCCCUUAGGGUUAGAAAUGACGACCAGCCUGGCAGCUGUAAGAAACCUCGACAAGAUGACAAGCGGUCAUCGGUUAGCGAUGGCAGGCCCUCAACGAGUGGUUACCGACCCAGCAGCAUCUCGCGACUUUCUUACAUGGGCAGGAUGUCUGUCGGCAAGGGCAAGCCAACCACAGGUGUGGGGUACAAUAUGUAUUCUUCAUCGGUCACCAACAAAAGAAAUUCCAGCGGUAUUGGUAUCCGCGGUCGUACCGACGUACCUAAGGAUCCCAGACCAAUUACUGACAGAGGAUACAUCAAUCGAAUGAUUAGGACACUUUGUGAGUUUUUGACUGAAAAUGGUUACCGACAUCCAAUAUCCGUGAAGAUAUUACAUACACCCACUAGCAAAGAUUUCUACAAAAUAUUUGAGUUUUUAUAUGGUUAUCUUAUUCCAAGUUACAAGGUGGGUAAAAAACCAGAAGAGGAGGUACCGAAGAUUUUGAAGAUCUUGGGCUAUCCUUUCGUUAUAUCAAAAAGUUCCAUGUUUGCCAUUGGCAGUCCUCAUACAUGGCCCAACUUGUUGGCAGCCUUGACGUGGUUGGUGGAAUUAAUUAAGUGGUGUCAGUACUGUGUAAAAGAGGCUGGAGGAAUUGAAGCCGUAGCAUUCCCACACAAAGACGACGACUUUGACUUUAUUUCGGAAGAUAGGAUAAUAUACGAGUAUGUUGAACAGUCAUACAUGGCAUUCAUGGCAGGAGAAGAUGAAUACGAUACGUAUGAUGAAGAACUGUCUCGAGUCUUGAAAAGCAAGUAUGCAGGAAUAGAUGGUGGUAAUGACAGUCUGGUAUCCGAAAAUGGACGUUUGUCACAGGAACUGGAAAUACUAGAAAAAGAACCGGACCGACUGAAUAAUUUACGAGAACAGUAUAAUGUUAUUCAGACGGAUGUUGAACGUUUUGUUACCUACCUUAAAGAUCUUGAGACAUUUAAAAAUGGACAAGAAACCAAAUUAUCAGAAGUAGAAGAAGACUUAGCAGCACUUAAAUCUGAGCUCGAGACGACUGUACAGAAGCAUCGCCACAUGCAGUCGAUAUACGAGACCCAGAAUUUGACGCCGGCCGAUGUAGCCAGGGCCAAGCUGAGCCGCCAGGAGCUGCAGCGACAGCAGGGCUUGUUGGAGAAGUCCAUGGAGGAUCUCGAUCAGGAAUGCUGGCAGCAAGAAGUCCGCAUCGCCAAGUCCAGGGAAAUGAUAGAAUCAAAGAGCCAUGAGUACAACAAGCUCGCUCAGUUGCUCCGGCUGAUUCCUAUUGGUGCUGAAAACGCUCACGGUAUAGACUACGAGAUGAACGCGGCCACGCCACACCAAUGGACGCAGGACUUUGAAAGUGUUUUGAUGCCCACUCUAAUGCAGUUGAAGAAGCAGUGUAACGAAUCUCUGCACGUGACCGAAUCACAGAAACUGAAAGAGGUCUACUUACUAGAACAGCGGACAGAACUGGUUCAAGCAGCGAAGGAAGAAAUGGCUUUACUUGAAAGAAAAAUUAAAACAACAAGAGAAGAAUUUGAAUGUAAAAAAGAGAUCACCAAGCGGGAGUAUGAACUUGCUCUAGAAGAAAAUGAUGCCAUUCAGAAAGAAAUCAUGGAGUGUCUGAAAUCAGCUGAGACCAAUCUGCAAGAUGCACAAAAGGAGCUACGAGAUAAACAAAAACAAUUUGAGCAGCGGAAAGUCGAACUGGCACGUAAGAGACACCAAGCUGCUGUUUUCCUGCACACCGUUGUGGCCGAAGUCGUCGAUCACAAACUUUUAAUAAGAAAAAAGUUAGAAGAUGUAGUUGCCAGCCAUAGACAGCUACUUGAAAAGACAAGACAUGAAGUGCAACAGUCGACAUCACAGAGUUGAAUGUGUUUGUGGAGCAAUGCCAUCUCAACAUGUUACAAACAGAAUGUUGUCACCCAUCCAGCUUUUAAUUCUAGGCUUUGAAAUCAAGCUCUCAUCAUAGGACUACAUUCGACAUUAUGGGUUUCUGUAACUUUAAAAAAAAUCUUAUUAUGCAUUUUGCUGGAAUUUCAUCUCAAGAAAUUCUGAUUUGCAGUUACUGAAUGAUGAACAAAAUAAAACAUUUCCCCAAAGUGACUUGCUACUGAAAAGCAGUGUCUCAUGUGAAGUGCAAAGAGGUAUUGAUGUGUACAUGUUCAGCAACAGAAACUGGGAUACCAUGGCAGCUGAACUAGGCUUACAGAUAAUCAUUCAGGAUGAGAUGGAGAUGUCUACAUUAUAAAUGACGGAGGACGGCACAAAUUUCAUGUGCAACAAUUGUUCCUUUUAUGUAGCAGUUAUACAAUAGGAAACCAUGAGAAAAACAAAUUUGGUUACAUGUGUACCAUUGGCUUCUGGCAUAGCCAGAGUGGCGCCAUGCCUCCCCCACCCUACCCCACCCCCCAAUAACCUUCUCUUUUUUUCUCCACCAUGUUACACAUUUUUCUGUGGUCUCAUAACAUGACUUAUUGAUAAUGUUGAUGGUCCCCACCUCAGUAAAAUCCAGGCUACACCAGUACCCUUGGUCUAAAAUGGUAAUUAUUUACACAUUUGGUUUCAUGAUACGGCGUGUUCCGUUAUCUAUUAACAUAAGGAUACAUAGAGGAUACGCGAGUGUCUUUGUGCACGAAUUGAUAAAGGUAUGAAAUCUGAUACUUGCUGAGGAUUUUUAUACUUUUAUCAACGAGUGCUGAUAAAUUAUGAUAAUAUCACAAGACACACGGGGUUAUUCUUUUUAUGAUCUAUUAUCAUUCUUUUCAUUUGCGA